AUGAACAGGGAUUCAAGCACAGUAAAAUUAGAGGUAUAUCAGUUAUACAAAAAUAUCACUUUGGAAAACAGUCUUCAGGAAAGCCUGGAUGAGCUCAUAUAGUCUCAAUAGAUCACUCCCCAAGUUGCCCUUCAAGUUCUACUUCAGUUUGAUAAGGCUAUAAAUUCAGCCUUGGCUCAGAGGGUCAGGAACAGAGUCCAUUUCAAGGGCUCUCUAAAUAUGUACAGAUUCUGCUAUGAUGCGUGGACUUUUGUAUUUAAUGAUGUUAAAAUCAGAGAGGUGACAGAACUUCUUAAAGUGGAUAAAGUAAAAAUUGUAGCCUGUGAUGGCAAAAAUACUGGCUCCAACACUACAGAAUAA